AUGUCUUUCCGUCUCUUCUUCCUCACCCUCUCUCCCGCUGUAUCUCUCUUUCUCAGACACAUACUGACAGACAACCCCCCGGUCAACGUGCUUCUCGCGCCAGAGCCAGUGGCUGGGCGGUGGGAAGGAUUGCAGCAAGCAGUAACAGCUACUGCAAGAAGCAGGGCAAGCCGCAAAUCCGCACCCGCCGUCUUGCAGAUUUCUGAUAAGGGUCCCCCCUCGCCGAGUGCGCGUGUCACCCGUGUCACCGUGUCUCCGGAGCUUCUCACAGGCUCGAUAAGGCGGAACCAUGGGAACGCCAAUCAUGACUGGCGGGGCCGCCGCCAUGGCUUGUCAAGCCCAAACAAGGCGGCGAGCGUGCUGCCAGCGUCUGGGACCAACGGACGGGGUUCUUGGCUCGGCCGGAGAACCAAAGGGGGUGGUGGGGUGCCCAGCCUGGUGGAGGGGUCCUUCCUCUUCUCAGGCUCCUCCCAUCCCCCCCUGGUAGUGGUAGCGUAG